AUGACGACCGAGAAAGUCACUCUGGGCGACGCUCUGUCGAACGUCGACGUGCUCGACGAGUUUACGUUGCCGGACGAGCAACCCUGUAUAGAGGCUCAACCAUGUUCCGUUGUGUACCAAGCGAACUUCGACACCAAUUUCGAGGACAGAAACGGUUUUGUGACGGGUAUCGCCAAGUAUAUAGAAGAGGCGACUGUACAUGCAAGCCUGAAUGAGUUGCUGGAAGAAGGCUUGGAGCAUGCAGUCAUGUUAUAUACUUGGAGAUGCUGUUCACGAGCAAUUCCACAGCCAAAAUCUAACGAGCAGCCAAACCGAGUGGAAAUCUAUGAGAAAACAGUUGAGGUGUUAGCACCUGAAGUGAACAAAUUGCUAAAUUUCAUGUAUUUUCAAAGAAAAGCGAUUGAGCGAUUUUCAGGGGAAGUUAAACGAUUGUGUCAUCACGAGAAAAGAAAAGAUUUUGUAUCUGAGGCAUACUUGUUGACCUUAGGGAAAUUCAUCAACAUGUUUGCUGUCUUGGACGAAUUGAAAAAUAUGAAAUCUAGCGUAAAGAAUGACUAUUCCACAUACAGGAGAGCUGCACAGUUUUUAAAAGUAAUGUCGGACUCUCAAACACUGCAAGAAUCUCAGAAUCUGUCAAUGUUUUUGGCAACACAGAAUAAAAUACGUGAUACGGUUAAAGAAAAUCUCGAGAAGAUUGCAGGAUAUGAAGAAUUACUUGCAGAUGUAGUCAAUAUCUGUGUUCAUAUGUUUGAAACUAAGAUGUACCUUACGCCUAACGAGAAGCACAUGUUGGUGAAAGUAAUGGGCUUUGGUUUAUUUCUAAUGGACAGCGAAUUAUGUAACAUCAAUAAGCUGGACCAAAAGAAAAAAUUGAAAUUGGAUAGAAUCGAUAGAAUCUUUAAGAACUUGGAGGUAGUACCAUUGUUCGGAGAUAUGCAAAUUGCACCGUUUAAUUAUAUCAAACGUUCAAAGCACUUUGACGCUUCAAAAUGGCCACUGUCUUCGUCGUCAAAUAGCAUAAGUCCGCAAGCCGAUCUUAUGGUACAUCUCCCUCAAAUUAGAGAAGAUCACGUAAAAUAUAUUAGUGAAUUGGCAAGAUAUAGUAACGAAGUUAUUACAACGUACAAAGAAUGCCGAAGUGAUACAGAAAAUCGAGAUACUGCGGAACUGGCAUUACGUGGAUUACAAUUACUUUCGCAAUGGACUAGUGUUGUAACAGAACUGUACAGUUGGAAGCUACUGCAUCCUACUGACCAUCACAUGAACAAAGAAUGUCCGCAAGAGGCUGAAGAAUAUGAAAGAGCUACACGAUAUAAUUAUUCUGACGAAGAAAAAUUUGCCCUUAUAGAAGUUAUAGCAAUGAUUAAGGGAUUGCAAGUAUUAAUGGCACGAAUAGAGACUGUUUUUAUUGACGCGAUACGUAGGAAUAUAUAUGCUGAGCUGCAAGAUUUUGUACAGCUUGCAUUGCGUGAACCUUUAAGGAAAGCUAUCAAAAAUAAAAAGGAUUUGAUUCGAAGUAUAAUUGUUUCCGUUAGAGAAACUUGUGCGGAUUGGCAUUUCGGAGUAGAACCACUCGGAGAUCCCGCUUUAAAAGGCAAAAAAGAUCCAGAUAAUGGGUUCGGCAUUAAAGUCCCGCGAAGAAACGUUGGACCGUCUUCCACACAAUUGUAUAUGGUGCGAACCAUGUUGGAAUCGUUAAUAGCCGAUAAAAGCGGUGGGAAACGCACUCUGAGGAAAGACAUUGAUGGCCAAUACCUUGUUCAAAUCGAUCAGUUCCAUAAAACUAGUUUUUACUGGAGUUAUCUUUUAAAUUUUAGUGAAUCUCUACAAAAUUGUUGUGACUUGUCGCAACUAUGGUAUAGAGAAUUUUAUCUGGAAAUGACAAUGGGUAGGAAAAUACAGAAAUGCCAAGUACGUCAUCAGCAUAACGAAGAGUGCAGCGACCUAAUCACCAUGGAGAAACGCAUUCAGUUUCCCAUUGAAAUGUCUAUGCCAUGGAUAUUGACUGAUCAUAUAUUAAGAAGCAAGGAACCGUCAAUGAUGGAAUAUGUUUUGUAUCCACUGGAUUUAUAUAAUGACAGCGCCUUAUACGCAUUGACGAUAUUUCGCAAACAAUUUUUGUACGAUGAAGUGGAAGCCGAAGUGAAUCUAUGCUUCGAUCAAUUUGUUUACAAACUUAGUGAACAGAUUUUCGCGCAUUAUAAGCAACUGGCAGCCAGUAUUCUGUUGGACAAACGAUUCAGAGUGGAAUGUGUAGCUCUCGGAGCAUAUUUACUUCCAUAUCCCCGCGCUAAUAGAUACGAAACGUUGUUAAAACAGAGGCAUGUUCAGCUAUUGGGAAGAAGUAUCGAUUUAAAUAAACUUAUAACACAACGCAUUAAUGCGGACAUGCAAAAAUCAUUAGAUUUGGCCAUUAGCAAAUUCGAAUCCGGCGAUAUAACUGGAGUCGUGGAGCUAGACGGAUUGUUGCAAGUCAAUCGCCUUACGCAUAAGCUUUUGAGUAAGUGGCUCGCGUUAGAUGAAUAUGAUGCUAUGUUCAGAGAAGCGAAUCACAAUGUUCUAGCCCCAUACGGAAGAAUUACUCUUCAUGUAUUCUGGGAAUUGAAUUACGACUUUUUACCAAAUUAUUGUUACAACGCCGCCACAAACAGAUUUGUCAAGUGUCGCGGUCUACAAUUUGUACAACCCGUUCAUAGAGAUAAACCGCCUCAAAUGUCGCACCAUUAUCUCUGGGGUAGUAAGCAGUUAAAUCUGGCUUAUAGCACUCAAUACGGACAAUAUACGGGAUUCGUCGGUCCGCAUCAUUUUCGUACGAUAUGUAAGCUUCUUGGGUAUCAAGGAAUAGCUGUGGUUAUGGAAGAACUCUUGAAGAUCGUUAAGACCUUGAUCCAAGGAAGCCUGCAUCAGUUUACGAAGACUUUGAUGGAAGCCAUGCCUAAAGUCUGCAAGCUUCCACGAUAUGAUUACGGAUCUCCCGGAGUUUUAGGCUAUUAUCACGCUCAGUUGAACGACAUUGUGCAAUAUCCAGAUGCUAAGACUGAAUUGUUUCAUAAUUUUCGCGAAUUUGGCAAUACGAUUCUAUUUUGUCUCUUAAUGGAACAAGCUCUAUCGCAGGAAGAAGUGUGCGAUUUGCUACACGCAGCGCCGUUUCAGAAUAUUCUGCCGAGACCUUACUGCAAAGAGGGAGAAAAACCCGAAACGAAACAGAAACGAUUAGAAGCGAAGUACGCGGCUUUACAAAUUGUUCCAAACGUAGACAAAUUAGGUACCGCUAAGCAAGCGAUGAUUGCCAGAGAAGGAGAUUUAUUGACACGCGAACGAUUAUGCUGCGGCUUGUCGAUAUUCGAAGUUGUGCUCAGCAGAUUACGGAGCUUCUUAGACGAUCCUAUCUGGGUCGGGCCACCACCAGCAAAUGGUGUAAUGAAUGUGGACGAAUGCACGGAAUUCCAUAGACUUUGGAGUGCGCUUCAAUUUGUAUACUGUAUUCCCGUCGGUGAUACUGAAUUUACUGUUGAAGAAUUAUUUGGUGAAGGUUUGCAUUGGGCUGGUUGCGCUAUGAUUGUCCUUUUGGGCCAACAACGUAGAUUUGAGGCACUUGAUUUUUGCUAUCACAUUCUUCGAGUGCAACGCGUGGAUGGCAAAGACGAGAAUGUUAAAGGAAUACAUUUGAAGAGGAUGGUGGAUCGGAUUAGGCGAUUUCAAGUAUUGAACUCACAGAUAUUUGCUGUGUUGAAUAAAUAUUUGAAAAGCGGAGACAGCGAUGCGGCAAGUGUGGAACACGUACGCUGUUUUCAACCUCCGAUACAUCCUUCACUGGCUCAUGCGCAACAGCAUUAUCAUGCACCUGAAUAUUUACGCCAAAUAAAUCAUCAGUAAAUGAUAACCGUAAAACAAUUAUAUUUUGCGUCCUGAUUGUGUCAAAAUGCAAUUUGAAUAGGACUCGAAGAAACGAUAUUAUUCCUCGCUAUUUACGGAGGAACAUUUCUAACUAAAAAGUUUCAUAUAUUUUAUAUCACACCUGUGUCGAAAUAUCAUUUGUACUAUCUAUUUAAUUCAAUUGCUAUAAAUGUUUACAAAAAACCGUUUUUUACAAUUGAGGUAAGAUUUAUGGAACUACGAAAA